CAAAUAAGCCUAAUCGGCACGCCUGUUAAAGUUAAUGAAACGUUAUUGCUAAAUUAAAUACUGUCGGAUAAUUACAAUUUACACAAGAAAACAUGAUAGUCAGACAUUUAGCAUUUAGAUAUUUUAAGUGGAGUAAAAAUACAGUUAAAAGGAGAGUAAAAAUACUAAUUUUAGAUAUUAUCAAGUUGAUGUUCAAAUUAUUAAGUUAAUUCCAUAAUAUUUCACUUAAUACAACUGCAGAGGUUUUUGGUUAUUGAAGGUCACAUAGAACACACUACAGUGUAUUAAAGAAUCCUCCAGAUAAAGUCUCUGAGCCUCUAAACCUGAGUGUUGUAAGGGCUGAGUAGCCCGAUGCUACAUGAGCAACACAUGUAGUCUGUGGGUGUCAAGAACGUCUGCUUAAAAACAUCAUCAAAACCCUAACUGGCCUCAAAACAGCUUAGAGCUGAGAACAUCAAUCGAUAAGGUAUAUGCCAGAAAAUAAAUCUUCAACUAUUCUAACAGAUGACAACUUCCUUAAACUAUUAAAAUGUUAAAAAAAAAAAAAACAACGCGGUUUUCAGAUUCUCAGUUGAGGGUGUUCACUUCUUCUGAAGGUAUCAAACUGAAUAUCUGUGGUGAGAAAAAAAAGUAAUAUAUUGGAAUAUGUUGUCUUUGGAUUUGGAAAGAUGUGUUUGUUGUUGUUGUUUUAUCAUUUUCUGACAUUUAAUGGGGAUUUAUCAAGAUAGUAAUCAACAAAUUAAUCAAUAACAGAAAAAAAAGAUUAGUCACAGCCCUAAAACAACAGAUUUCUCUCUGUAUUUGUAUUGUAUUCUAUAGCUGACAAGACUUCUCCAAUGCCUGUAUUUGUUUGUUUGUUUGUUUGUUUGUUUGGGUUUCUUUUUUUAUAAAUAGCAGAAUGUAGGUAAAAUCAACACAUUGUAGGCCCACCUUUGUGUGUAGUUUGCAACAACUUUACAUGGAGAAAUCCAUGAUCAUGUUUCAGACGUUUUUACACCGUCUUAAUCAAAACAUCCAUUAUAGUGGACAUGGGGAACAUGUAAAAAAUUUAGCCUCAUGUUAACAUGAGAGAGAGAACAAAACUGGAAGAAACGUGUGUAGUGGAAAAGGGUUAAGCUAUGUCAUGGACCAAAUAGCAUCAAUAAUAUAUAUAGAGAGAGAGGUUUAUAACAGCCUACCGUUUUGCACAGAGAAGGCCUGUAUGCAUCACAUUCGGAUAAAAGCUGAGUCAUGUUUUGCUUGACUCUGUGUACUUGAAUAUCAAUUUGAAUGUCAAAUGAUAUUUUAAUAGCUACUGCAAGUGCAUCUUUUGCAUUGUGGCCGUCAGACGACAUGACUGUGGACUUAAACCUGAAUUGCUCACGGUUGGGUUGUGUUUUUAAUCAAGAACAACCUGCUGGAAACGACUAUCAGUGUGUGUGUGUGUGUGUGUGUGUGUGUGUGUGUGUGUGUGUGUGUGUGUGUGUGUUUAAUUUGUGUGUACAGUGAAUAAGCCUGAGGUAACACCUUGUUUAUCUUCACUUUAAAGGUGGGGCGUUACUCUACAGGUGCGCUGCCUCAGCUCAGGUACACAGACUGAAGCAUCCUCCCGUUAUACUAGCGUAAAGCAGCUGUUAUGUUCCCACCAUGGAGCGGAUAAAGUGUUUAGGAGGAUGCGUGCUUUCAUUUUUCCUCGCCUUGGUCUUUGAUGUCAUCGGUCUGAUUAUGCUUUUCGUCGGCAUAUUCGCCAACGUGCGCAUCGGCGGCCGUUUUUAUGGCGACUUCUUGAUCUACACCGGCUCUCUGAUCAUUUUCAUCAGCCUGGCCUUCUGGCUCAUGUGGUACGUGGGGAACAUCAAGGUGUCGGAGGACGACGGCUUGAAGAAGAGGAGCAGCAUCGUGCAGCUGGCCAGGAAACUCUCCGAGAGGUUAAGCCAGACGCUGAAAGGGGAGUCACGGCCGAAAUAUACCGAGGGUGACGACGGCAGCCAGGUUGGAUCACCUCCACACAAAUCCGGCCGGGUGACAUGGGGAAGAUCCACAGCCUACGACAACAAAGGGUUUGAGAACUAUGAGGACUCCCCUGCCGUGGAGAAGAAGAUAGAAACACAUCAUGCAGAAAAGAUCUGAACUCUGAUGACACGGAAGGGUACUUUCAUAUAACAAUACUCAUGUAAUGUUUUAAAUGUGGCCAUGUCUGAUUUGAUAGCUUCAUUAACUAUAUUUGCUGCUUCAGGGACUUUAUGAAGGGUACACUGCAAACAAGAUUAGGAUUGUGGACAGCUUUCUCAGCCAAAAGGACAUGGAUGAAAGGACACUGUGAUAUAAUGUUAAAAUGUUCAUGUACAGGGCUGUAGCCAGGAUUUUAGGCACCUCAAUGCCCUCCCCCAUCAGAACACUGCCACCCGUCACAAUUUAUUUAUUUUUAUUUUUAUUUUUUAGGAACACUUUAUCCCACACAUCUGUAGUUUUCUGGAAAGAUUUUGGUACUACUGAUAAGGUAAAUGGAGGCUGUUUGAUUAUUGUCCUCUCAAUCAUCUAAGUUAUUUAUGUUAUCAAAGUUAUUCCAACUUAGUGAGUCUUUUAGUCACAGCAGGUCAGAUGAACAUGGAAAAACUUUGAAUUGGUCCAUAGGCAUACAUGUGGAAUUAAGUUUCCCCCUAAUUACUACCAACCUACUGUACAUAGAAACAUCUAAGUAACUUAUGUUGAAAUUGUGGGCUUGGAAAAAAGCAACAUUUUUUUAUUCAUUGAACUGUUCAGCUGAAUUUUAUGUACAUUUUAUUUCCAAGGUCUAAAUGAUUUAAAAGUUUUCUCCACACUAUAGGCGAGGCUGGGUUACCAACCACUACAAAGAGCUCUAGACUCUUAGAAGCCAAAAGUGCCCACAUUCAAUUAGAUUAUUGCAAUCUAAUUAAUUACAAAUGUUUUAUUUAAUUUUAUUUACCACUGACACACAUUAUAAAAUGAUAAUGACCAAAAGGCAACAGUUUUAUUUUUACAUAAUCUUGAGGCCAUGGUCUUGUUUGUAUUUUAAAGGGGCCCCAAGUUAAGAUAGAGUUUUAGGACCGUAGCCUAAAUAUUUCAGCAUAUAUUGUGCUUACAUAGUACAUUUGGCUCUUUUUUUGGUCCAGGUUAAUCCAGCCCUGCUGCAGAAUUAUAAUUCUGGAUACUGAAUCUUUUAUUUCCUUUUUCUUUAUUUGGUCUAAAACAACAUUGAUAUAUUGUCUACAAAAUACAUAAUAAUAUAUGUUUCUAAAAUGCCCACAGUUAUGUACAUUUUGAAAUUAAUUGUAAAAUGAAAUGUUCCUGAUCCUAGAAAGACAAAACAAAAUACAUGACCUCAGUGUCCUCAGUUCUAACUACGGCCCUGUUCAGGUCAGCCUGCAGUACCAGACCACAGUUUGCCAUCUCAGAAAGGCUGUCAUGCCCAUCCAACAGCUUGAUAUGUUCCCUUGUUGAUUGUCCUAUAUUAUUUCAGCUUGAUUUUUUUUCCCCACAAAUGCUUUGCCACGUGUUCAAAAUACAUUUCUCAUAUCUUUUACAUGUUGUGCCUGCUACCACGCAGAUGGAGAUAAGUCACGUCAUGUUUGCCCUUUGAGUUGCUGUCAAAGCAACACAAACACUGGUCAGACUGGUUUGUCGCAGUGUUGUGGUGUUGAUUGAACAAGCCUGAAAAUCCUCCACAGAGGGCCAUGUGUAACUGGGGACCCUGCAUAAUGACAUAUUGUAUGUCCACUAGGAUGUAUGUAGUAUCUCUACUCAUCACAUUUUGGGAGCAGGUGCCUGAGCCACUGAGCCACAAAGUGGAGUCACAAUAAUGGCACACCUUAUGCAAAUGUCACAGCCCUGCCUGCGUUUUGUUUAUUGCAACUGAAAUGGCUUCUAACAUUUAAAGAGCUAGCAUGACUGGCAGCUCAAAGCACUUCAAACAAACUCAUGACAAUGUUACAGUCAAUAAAACAUAAUUCCCCUCUGCUGUGUACACCUGCGAUGGCAGGCAGGACAGUGAGUCAAAGCCGCCGAGCAGAGACAAAUAGUGGCAGCUUGACUGGUCAAACAAGCUGCACACAGAGAAGUUUCCAUUACGUGUAUUUCCUCUUUGUGACAGUCACUUCACAAAAGGUGCCGUUAUUGUGGUGAGGCAUGAACCGUGGAUUAUUAAAUAUUUAGGGAGGGCUUGAAUGCAGUGUAUCCACCCUGCAGAGAUGCUCCCUAGUUUAAUAUAAAGGGUGAAUUUAUUCCUGGGGUAAAUCUCUGAACUCAGUGGGAGUGAAGUCAAGAGGAAGCUUUGAAGCAUCUGAUAAAAGAUGCAACACACUGAUGCAGCCCCGAAUCACUUUGGUGUCAUUAACUGAACAAAAAGAUCAGGGGGGCCCCAAUUAAUUAUAGCCGGCUUAUCACUGUGUAAACACGAGCUCAAUGGCGGCUGAUUGCGAAAUAUAUGUGCAUAAAUCUGUGGUGCUGGUUACAGACAAUGAGCCGAUGUGUCACAUUAAAGGUGCAAAACAAGUCAGCCCUGCAAAGGAAUGAAGAUGGACUGUAGGGCUUUCAGCUGCUGCUAAUGAGCAACACAACCCAUUGUUGUGGUUGGAUACCAGUCUUGUGCUAUGAAAGAAAUGCAAGGCGUGCUGAAACAGAAUGAUUCAGAGGAUAGGAAAGCAGUUUUCUGGAGAGACUUGCUGUCACUCCUGCCAGACCUUCAGACGACAUCCACCUGUCCGUCUCACCUGGCGCUGCUAUGGAGCAGAAAAAGUGCAGCGACCUCUUCUUAUCACUGGCUGUGAUUCUUGACAUCAUUGGCCUCUGCCUCUUCUUCAUUGGGAUCUUUGCACCUUUGAGCUUCUGGGACUUUUUUGUGUUCUCCGGACCUUUGCUGAUCUUCCUCAGCCUAAUCUUCUGGAUAUUCUGGUACCUGGGGAGCCUCACUGUGACUGAGGAGGAGCUCAACUUGACCAAACCAGACAUACUGUGACAAUAGUAUGAGUACAACUGGACUGAAUCGGCGCUGGCCGAGCCACUGGACUCCUUCAGCCCAGCAACAUGAUGAGGAGGAGGGGGCUGGCAGGACACACAGAAGCAGAAGCUUCAUCAAAAAUCAUGAAUUUGUGGACCUGUGGCUCUCCUUGAGGUUUUGCCUCAGUGAAGGAUAUGUGAUAAAACUAAAUCCAGGCACGACCAGGAACACAUUUGACUAAUCCCAGGAGAUAAAAAAACUGCAUUCCACCCUUUGACUUGAGGGUGAAAACAACUUGUCAUGUUGUUUAUGGACAGCAGUGAUUCCUGGACUUUGUCAGAGUUGGAAAAUGUAUUUCUCAGCACUUUCAUUGGGAGAAGGAAAAAUUGUACCAUGAUGAUACUGUAUGCCUUAUUUAUGUCAUUAUUAUCAACUGUGCACAGUAUGAGUUGAUAAUUAUAUUUCAACAUGUCCCUGCACAACUGUGUAAGACAGAAAUGCUAUUGAAAUUAACAACUAAACAUGCUUUAAAAUGA